AUGUCCACUUUCAUAUGCUCCGCAACCUCCACAACCACAACCUACACCUCCGACCGGCGCGGCAGCGCCUCCGCCCCCAAAACCACCAGCAGCACAUACCGCCAGACCGUCCAUCACGACCCGGGAGGCACGACCAUAGAGACGAUCUCGCAGAAAGGCGAUGAGCCCGCGAGACAGAAUAUGAAGCACUUGGAUACGCAGGGGCGGGCGGUGCUGGUGGCUGCAAGUGGGAACUCAAUAAUUGCGGGACACGAGGGAAGUGGUGCCGGUGGAGAGAAGCCAGGAACUAAAAAUACCGGUGCGACGACAAGGAAACGGUGGGGAAGUGGAGCUAGUGGUGGAGGAGAGGAGCCCAGAAUCGAGAACGUGGUGUGGAGGACGUACGAGGAGGUGGUGGAUAGGGAGCGUGCGAGGAGGGUGGGCGAAGGGGACGGGAGAGGAAGGUUUGAGCUGAGAUGGAUUGACUGUGCUCUGCGGAAUUGUUGA